UUCCGGAAGAAAGCAACGGUCGGGAGCCAAAUCGCCUUGCUUCUUUCGCACAUAAAACGAAAGCUCCUCAAUUUUGGCCCCUCACUUUCAGUUUGAAGCAAGCUCAAGCAAUUAGUUGUCCGUCGCCAUGAUGCUCCUGAAGAAACUCAACCCACUGAACAUAGUGAGAACUACAUGUACGAAGCGUCAGUCUAUGAAAGCAGGACGAGGACUCCUGAAGCCAGUGCGAAAACGGGGUGAGAGCAGCGACACGUGCGAGACGACCUCGUCGUCUUCCUCGUUCCUGGACGCACCUUUCUCGGGCCUCGACCAUGACGACGCCAUGAACGCUUCUUUCCGUAAUCUAGUUUCAGUGGUGGAGGCGUAUUCUACAGCGACGCCUACAGCAACCGCUAGCAAUAGUCGCCCACGUCAACGUGCUCCGGCCCGCAGAGAAGAUGUUCAGGUCGCCAUUCCCGCACGUAUCCCGCUAGCUCACCCCAUGCGUCUCCACUCUCACCGCCGAAGCAAGGCACUCUGCGAACACGAUUAUCAAGAGCUCAUGGUCCAAUCAAGGGGAUGGCUCUACGACGCAGCAGACCUCAAGACACAACCACAGCAUCACAAGGAUAGACUACGCAACCGGGCUCUUACCGAAGACGACUUUGAUCGCUAUAUUUUUGCUCCCAGGGCAGUCCAUGCUGUCUAGCUAGUAGAGUGCUAGCAAAACAAAUAAUCAAGCCUGAGCAAACAGAAGAAGAAAGCAUGGGAGCUUGCCUGAUGCCAGCUUGAUUGAAUAGAAUCCAUGAAACCAAUUAUUGCACUCCACGAUUUUGCGUGUAACACUAACAAAGGUGAUCAGAGGGAGAAGAAGAAAGAGAAUGAUCACACUUUGUCUCACUAUAGCUAGCUAUCUGCAUAUGGAAAAUAAAAAAUAGCAUAUCAUCAUGUACAAACUAAGCAGAUGGCUGCCCAACAGGAAAGUUCGUAGCCUGCUAGCUAGGAGCUGCUAGGUGAACGACCUGACCCCCCCAACCAACUUGAACAAAUGGUGUCAAAGGGAUUCGAUUCCAGGAAGGCAAUUUGGAGAUGAUGAAAGCAGAGUUCGUGACAGCCACUUUUGUUUUCUAACGUUUUCGUGUCACGCUGUCACGCUGCCGGAGCUGCGCGCUGCAAAAACGCCUCUCUUCCGGCAUGAACUUUGGCCACGUGAACCAAAUAGCUUCCGCACAUUCACAACUACUCGAGUACUAGCUAC